AUGUCGGCGCUGCACCAGGCCUGUGCCUCUGGAGACCUGGCCACAGUGGAGCUCAUUCUGACGCAGGGCAGCUGCGACCCGAACCAGAGGGACGAGGACUGGAGCUGCAAGAGCCCUCUGCACUGGGCAGCAGCAGGGGGUCACACAGAGGUGGUGCAGCUCCUUCUCUCUCACGGUGCUCGCUCCUGCCUGCAGACGGAGCAGGGCUGGAGCGCGGCGCACUUCGCGGCACAGAGCGGGAGACUCGGCGUCCUGCGCGUCCUGCACGUGCACCACGCGCCGCUGGAUCAAAGAGACCGCAGCGGCGACACGGCCCGGCGCAUCGCACAGAUCUACGGACACAAAGACUGCGCCACCUUCCUGCUCAAAGCAGAGUCUGAGUGUCAGGCCCAUCGCAGAGCAGCAGCACUGAGAGGAAUCAAGCUAGACGAGGAAGACGAGAGAUGGAACCAGGAAGAGGAGGAGAGGAGAGAGAAGGGGGAGAGACGAGACGAGAGAGGUGGAGGGAGGAGGAGAGAAGAAGACUAA